AUGGCACUUUCCGUCCUUUGGAAGGCACCUGAGGUGAACCCUAUCAACCGCAAGGCCCGCAGUAUCCCAGUUUUGAACGUCUUCAAUGUCUACGCACGCGCCUUCCAUUUCUCAUGGCUUGGCUUCAUGAUUGCUUUCUGGGCCUGGUACACCUUUCCGCCCCUAUUGACGGUUACGAUCAAGAAAGACCUCAACUUGACCGCUGCCCAAGUCGCCAACUCUAACAUCGUUUCCUUGGUUGCGACCCUAUUCAUGCGUCUAAUUGCCGGCCCCGCUUGCGAUCGAUUUGGCUCCCGCAUCGUCUUCGGUUCCUUGCUUCUCAUCGGCUCUCUCCCCAUUGGUCUCGCACCGCUCGUCAAGGAUGCUACAGGCCUCUACAUCAGCCGCUUCUUCAUCGGUGUUCUUGGUGCGACCUUCGUCCCCUGCCAAGUCUGGUGCACUGGUUUCUUUGACAAGAACGUGGUUGGAACUGCCAAUGCCUUGGCUGGUGGCUGGGGUAACGCUGGCGGUGGUAUCACCUACUUCGUUAUGCCUGCUGUCUACGACUCCUUCGUUCACGCCCGCGGCUAUUCUCCCGGCCAGGCUUGGCGCUUGACUUUCAUUGUUCCCGUAAUCUGCCUUAUUACUUGCGGUCUGGGACUUCUCCUCCUGUGUGAGGACACUCCCACAGGCAAAUGGGCCGACCGUCAUCUCCAUGCCCAGGAGAACCUUCAGUCUCACGGCGUUGACGGUGUUGUUCGAUCUGAUGUUGUUGAUGUGCCUGGGGGCAUAACCGACCGCACUACCAGCUCCAUUUCAUCAGAUGUCGAGAAGAACAGCAGCCACAGCAAAAACGGUGUCAUGACCGAUAACGAGGCACCCCUUUCCCGCUCCGAGAUGGUUGAGACGGCACAUGGCGACACAAUUGUCAACCCUACUUUCAAGGAGUCUAUGAAGGUUGUUUUCUCAGCACAAACCGUCUUCCACGUCGCCACUUAUGGCUGCUCAUUUGGCGGCGAGCUGGCCAUUAACUCCAUCCUUUCAUCUUACUACUUGAAGAACUUCCCCUCCCUCGGUCAGACUGGUGCCAGCAACUGGGCUGCCAUGUUCGGCUUCCUCAACGUUAUCACCCGCCCUGCUGGUGGUGUCGUCUCCGAUCUUCUGUACCGAUUCGGCGGCCAAAACCUCUGGCUUAAGAAGGGAUGGAUUACUGUGUGCGGUGUCCUUACCGGUGCUCUGCUCCUCCUCAUCGGCCACCUUAACCCCCACGACCAGGGUACGAUGUUUGGUCUCAUUUUCCUGAUGGCCGUCUUCCAUGAAGCAGGCAACGGCGCCAACUUCGGUCUCAUUCCUCAUGUCCACGGCCACGCCAACGGCAUCGUCUCUGGUGUGACUGGUGCUGGCGGCAACCUGGGUGGCGUUAUCUUCGCCAUUAUCUUCCGCUUCAUGGAUAACGGCACCAACUACGCCAAGGGCUUCUGGGUCAUUGGAUGCAUCCACAUCGCCGUCAACCUCUUAGUAUCCUGGAUCCAUCCUCUACCCAAGGCCCAGCGCCACUAA